AGACGUCUGAAAGUACAGGUGUCUCGACCACGUGCCACCUGUCCACACCAUCCUCUACUUUAACCUCAUUGCAUUCUUUCAUCUCCACCGCCACAACACCAGCCACUCUCUCUCCUUUCUCUAGCUUCGUCAAUGGCGGACUACCAGAGAACACAAUACGGCCAACAGCAGCAACAACCCCAAAGCGAUGCCACGAAAAGCAUCCUCCCCGAAGGUGGUCCCUCAGCUCAGCAAAUUCUCACCGUCGUCACCCUCGUCCCCCUCGGCGGAAUCCUCCUGCUCCUAGCCGGACUCACAUUAGCCGGAACUCUCCUCGGCGUAGCCAUCUCAACGCCGGUGUUCGUCAUCUUCAGCCCGGUUUUAGUCCCCGCAGCCUUCGUCAUUGCCGCCGCGGUAACUGGAUUCUUGACAUCCGGUGCCUUCGGUAUCACGGGCCUCUCGUCACUGUCUUGGCUUGCCAAUUACCUUCGCCGGAUUAGGAUGAUGCCUUCUUCAGGGCCGCUGCCGGAGGCGGCGGAGUAUGCUAGACGGCGCGUGCAGGAGUCGGCGGGGUAUGUGGGCCAGAAAACGAAGGAGGCUGGGCAAGCGAUACAGAGUAAGGCCCAAGAAAGUGGUGGGCGAGCCCAGGAGGGGACAAAAACAUAAAGGAGCCCACUAGAUGCUUAUAUUUGACCUUUCUGUCUCGGUUUUUCUUUUCCAAGUUAAUUUUAUUUAUGUUUUCUGAGUUUGUUUUAAAUUAAGUAAUAGUUUGAGUUGUAAGUUGUAACCUUGUAUAUGUAAUAAAAGCAUCUUUUAAAAUAAAUGUGAGGGAAUGUGAAUGUUGUUAUC